CAAGGAGCAAGGAGAGGUACGAGUAGUUUGGCAGCCCCCCUCUGCCGCUCCUGUUGCAUGUACCCUCCCCUCGUUAUCUUCCGUACAAAAUUAUUUCAAUUCGUCCCUUUUUCCACUAUCUUUUCUGUCGGCAGUGUCUACUCAAUCAGAGAUCUAGAUGCAGCUGAGAAACGGAAAAACAGAGUAAGUGUAGUAGUAACUAGCACGUCAAUCGGCAGAGUACACUACUCCCAGUUGCAGGCAUUAACAACAGCAGAACAAACUCCUGGUCAUGGAGGCUCAACAACAGGAAGAUGGGUGGCCACUCGGCCUAAGACCGCUGAAUGCAAGAGUUGGGUUGGUGAGAAAUCGAGAUUUCAAUGGUUCAAUUUCUUUUAGCACUUUGCUCACUGCUUCUAACAGCUCCUUCACUGACUCCUCUACAGAUCUUGAUACUGAGUCCACUGGAUCUUUCUUCCAUGACAAGAGCUUAACACUAGGGAGUCUCAUUGGAGUUUCUAGCAUUCUAGAGCUCUCUAGAAGAUCAACUAGGGGAAGGACCACUGAAACCUUACGAGAGCAGAAGAAUUACAAAUCAAAACCAUGGAUGUUCUCAAUAUGCUCGAGGCUAAGCUCUGAUGUCGUCAACACAAACAACAAUGCUCCUUCUCUUGGCCACUUUCUUGAAGUAGAGAGGAGAGCUGCUGCCAACAUUCACAGAAGGAAUAUGAUAUAUGGACCUAGAGAUUUCUCCCCAAUUCUGUCUAACUCCGGUGUAAAUUCUCAAUUUUUGGGUGAUCAGAUUGCCCCGCAAUCAAGUGCUUCAUUGGGAGUAGAUGGAGGGAGAAGAUCCAACACAGAAUUGUUACAACAUGGUACUGGGUAUGGAGCUUCAUUAGUACUGUCAUGUUUGUGUGGACAACUCAUUGAAUGAUGACUUCUUGUAAAACAUUUUACAUGUUCUUAUGUCCCUGGGUUCUGAAUAAUCCAACUGCAAGUGUGGGAAGUGAAACACUACGGUCUUUGUAUAACAAAAUCCAACCAAACUGGUUGAUUCA